GUUCAAGUUCAAUCUCCGCGGAAAGGUCUCCUUGCGUUCUCCGUUCUUGAAUCGUGCUCGACCGUGAUUUAAGCCGACGAUCGGAACGAAAAAUCGACAAUCAGCUUUCAGCACGGGAGAAGCAAGGAAGGAGACGGUGAUGGUCGUGAUUGCGUUUUCGGAUCUCCUUCGUAUCCGUGCGUUUGUAUUCCGAGCCGGGUGUAACGUGAGUUCGUCAGGGUCGCCAUCGGGGAUCGAUUAAGGAGCAGCGGCACCGAUUCGAGCCGCACGAACGCGCGCUUCCUCACGAUUGGUCGUACCACUACGAUCGUCUACGUCGACGGACUUGUUUCUCUCGGCGGGGACUGGGGUUUUCCUGAGAAGUUACAGCCAAUAUUUUAUAUUCGUUCGCUAGAUCGUCCUCCGCAGUAAGCAUUCGGUGCUCGAAGGAGGCAGGUUCGUUAAGCAAGAUGCGUACACUACAAAGAAGUUUUUUGGCAUUUUGCCUAUUUGCAUCAACCAUGGCCGCGGCAAUUGAAAAUAAUUUCGCCGUUCAAGCUGUUUCUCAGGGCGCCAAUUUGUUCUCCGCCAACUUCGUCAAGACCGUUUCACAAGAACAAUCAAACAAUUUGAUAUGUUCUCCCCUGAGUGCCCACAUUGCCUUGAGCAUGGCAGCUGAUGGCGCUGCUGGAGAUACCGAGGCGCAGUUUAAAGAUGUUCUCAAGCUUCCAGCCUCGAAAUCACAAAUUCUGGAAGGUUACCAGAAUAUCAUCGAUAAAUUGAAUAAUGUUGAGAAUGUUACUUUGAAGCUCGGUAACAAGAUGUUUAUCGGCAAAGACUUCCCAGUAAGACCUGAAUACAAACAGGACCUCGAGACAUAUUAUAAAUCUGACAUUCAGUCAGUAGACUUCAAUGAAAGCCAAGAAGCUGCGAACAUCAUCAAUACCUGGUGCAAAGAACAAACAAAUGAUCGCAUCAAGAACAUCAUUAAUGAAGGCGAUGUGGAUAGUAAUACUGCACUGGUGCUCGCAAACGCGGUGUAUUUCAAGGGCCUAUGGGAACAUCAGUUCGAUCCUAAGGCUACCACGGAUCGUCCGUUCCAUGUUAACGCCAACACCGUGAAAGAUGUUCCAACUAUGUAUAGAAAGGGCAACUAUAAAUACGUCGAAAUGCCGGAAUACGAUGCUAAAUGCAUCGAAUUGCCAUAUGCGAAUAAAGAGGUCAGCAUGGUGAUCAUUCUACCCAAUAAAGUUGACGGUCUAGCUGCGCUGACCGACAAACUCGAGGAAGUUAACGCAGAAUGCAGUUCUCGCCUCGCUCAAACAUACGCACGUGAAGUCCGAGUAUAUCUGCCCAGGUUCAGGACUGAGACCAAAUUGGAUCUUAAAGAUACAUUGUCCAAUAAGAUGGGUCUUACUGAGCCAUUCAGCAAUAGAGCUAACUUUGACGGCAUUUCGGAGGUACCUGUGAAGAUCGACAAAGUCGUGCAAAAAGCUUUCAUCGAAGUUAAUGAGGAAGGUAGCGAGGCAGCCGCCGUUACUGGCAUCAGCAAUCGAAGAUUUCUACCCAAUUUCGAGAACUUCGAAGCGAACAGGCCAUUUUCAUUCAUAAUGAGAUGGUCAAACGAUUUCGAACUAUUCCGAGGCGUCGUAAAUGAUCCGAGAUUAAGAAGUUAACGAGAUGAGUCGCACGUGUGAACAUCAUAAAAUGUGGUAGCAGCUAAACGAUCUGUAAGAUCUCCUAUUAAUCUGCUUAUCCUUUUUUUUUCUUAUUGUAUUAAUUUUAUCACUUGCGAUCAUUCUUGUAAUUUCUUCACAUUUUACACAGAUCGAUUACCUCGCAACAGUAACUGUUCGCAAUUACUGUUUUAUUGGGCUAUCAAUAAUUCAAUUAUAAGAUUUUUACGAACAUAACAAUUUGAAUAAAUUCGUCGCAAGCGUUAUAAGCAAUAAUUGAUAACAGCGAGAAAAGAACGUCAGAAGAGAAAAAAAUUUUCUCAAAGAGGAUCAAGUUAAAUUCUAUGCAAACAUUCGUAUGCAAACAUUUGUACAGUGAUUGCAUUGACCAAAAAAAAAAAAACAAAUCGACAAGGAUCUCGUUGUACAGAUUGUCUUAUAGUUAUUUUGUUCGCAGGAGUUUAAACCGUGCUACUUAUAUUAUAGUAUAGGUACAUAUACCGAUUUUCGAAAUAAAUCGAUCGUUUUAUUGUGAUAUUCGUUAUAUGAAUAACAACAGAUUGUUCAUAUUUUGAUUAAAAAAUCGUGUGAUUGCAUAAACAUGUCAAAGAUAUGAAUCACGCAAAAAAUUUGU